AUGCGUCCAACUUCACUUCCAAAGUGCCUGCUGCAGGUUGCAGCUUGUGGUAUUGCACUCAUUCCUUUCGCUCACGCGGUACCAGCUACUGUUUAUUCAACUGUCACUCGUUAUAGAAUUUCAGUCGUUCCACAAUAUACGACUUAUACUGAUGUCUCUUUUUCAAUUCUUACUUAUACUGCACCCCCUUCAAUUCAUACCGAAUAUGUUACUGCCACAGAAGUUAAGCGUAGAACUACGACUAUCUUCGAUGGGACAACAACUGUGAUCGAGCCGGCUCAAACUGUAUUUGCAUCUGAAUGUGCUAGCACCACACAAUCUUCUUCUGCGGCCCCUUCAUCGGAUAUUCCUAGCAGUUCAACUGUAUCUUCUGAAUUUACUUCAUCUUCUGGUUUCACUAUUCCACCAGUUAACAAUGCCAAUUCUGGAUCUUCAUUUACUAGUGAAGUGUUAUCAACUUCAGUUCCACAGGUCACUUCCGAGCCUCCUGUUACAACUACUGAACCUGCAGUAACAGAAGUUGUCAGUACCGAAGAACCAGGGGUUACAACUCUGCCGCCUUCGGAACCAACUCGCGUUUCAUCUGGCGAUACACCAGCUGGUACUUACAAUGCAGUGGACUGUUAUUCAGAUGAAGAGGGUACUGGCUUUCCAUUGGCUCCACCGGUCACGGAAAGUACCGAUCCAAAUGUUUACGACACAGUCGGUCACUGCCUUGAAUUUUGCUCUACAGCUAAUGGAGGCAACCCAUUUAGAUAUGCAGCAAUUGGGCCAGGACACUGCUAUUGCUCGAACGGAAAGCUUGAAGCAGAACCAGCCACCGAUUGUUCAUAUCCAUGUCCAGGUGAUUCGACACAAGUAUGUGGAGGAAGUCUUCCACCCACCAGAAGACUCAGACGUCGUGCUCCCGGAGAUGCGAUUAUUGUAUAUGAAUUGGCUGGAUACGUUCCUCCAACAUCAAUCGUUUCUACAAAUGUCGGCCCAACUGAGAUAUCAGGCCCCAGCUCGACGAGUGAAAUCAUUGCCACUGAGGAACCUGGUAUUACUUCUACAGAAAUCCUUCCAACGGAAACACUAGGUGCCAGUUCAACAACUGACAUUAUUGUUACCGAGGAACCUGGCGUCUCUUCUACAGAAAUCGUUCCUACUGAGACUCUUGGAGCCACCUCUGCGACUGAGAUCAUUGUUACCGAAGAACCAGGAGCUACAAGUACUUCAGAGAUCAACACAGAAGGACCAGGGCUCACAAGUACUACUGAGGCUGGUAGUACAGAAGGACCAGGGUUUACUUCCACUACUGAAGCUGUCAAUACUGAAGAGCCAGGAGUGACGAGCACCUCGGAAGGUAUCGUAAGCACGAGCGAACCGGGAGCCACAACGACCUCGGAAGUUGUUAACACCGAAGAGCCAGGCGCCACUAGUACUUCGGAAAUUGUCAAUACUGAACAACCGGAAGCGACUAGCACUUCGGCUGUUGUCAGUACUGGAGAACCAGGAGCUACAACUACUACUGAAGUGGUCAAUACUGAAGAGUCUGGAGCUAGCUCAACAGAGGCAGCUAGUAGCACUGGCACCGGCAUUCCACCUGUCAACAAUGUUGGAUCUGGCACUAUGACCACUAUAACCACAACUGAUGUUAUUGAAUCUACCACUGAGGUACUCACCGAGCCAGGAGCAACUACCACCUCCGAAGGCGAAGAAACAGGCGCUAGUACAACUUCGGGAGUCGUUAAUACCGAGGAACCGACAGCUAUUACAACUUCUGAAGGUGUCAUUAGCACUGAGCAACCAGGAGUAACUACGACGUCCGAGGUCAUCAAUACUGAAGAGCCUGCGGAAACCUCAACUUCAAGCCCAGAAGAAACCGUAGCUAUAACGACUUCCGAGAUCAUCAACACCGAAGAACCUGGGGCAACCACAACUCCAAGCCCAGAAGAAACUGUAGCUAUAACGACUUCUGAGGUCGUGAAUACUGAAGAGCCAGGGGUCACUACGACGUCGGGAGCUGUUAUUAGUACCGAGGAACCAGCGGUAAUUACGAGUUCGGAAAUUGUGAAUACCAAAGGACCUAGUAUUACUACCACCUCUAGUCCGGAAGAGACUGAGAUUGUGAGCACUGAGGGACCUGGAGUUACGACGACCUCGGAGGUUGUAAAUACCGCAGAGCCACAAGCAACUUCAACUACAAGCCCUGAAGAAACUGGGCCAGCUACUAGCACAACUGAGAUCAUCAAUACCGAAGAACCAGGAGCAACUUCAACUACCAGCCCUGAAGAAACCGGUCCAGCCACCACGACUUCGGGGGCUAUGGUCACUGAAGAACCAGGAGUUAGUACAACUUCCGAUGUACCUGAGGGCACAAGCACUGGUACCGGCAUUCCACCUGUAAACAAUGUAGGAUCUGGUACCAUGACAACAACCACAACAACUGAAGCACCUGAGUCUACUACGGAAGUUGGGUUAACUACCGAAAUUGAAGUCACGACGACUGCUCCUCUCUCCACAAGUGAGCAAGGAGUGUCAUCUACAAGCUCUUCCCCAUCAUCCACAUCUAUUGCACCUCCUUCAUAUAGUUAUGUCUGCGCAAGUAUACCAAGCCUGUUCAAUGUAGUAAUUGAUGAACCUGGCAAGCCAAAACAAUGGUUGUCUCAACUUAACUAUCCAGACAGUGGAACCGUUGAAGGUACAUGGGGCUAUGAUACAUUGCCACCCGUAUCAUCACGCUCUCUAGCAGCUAGUUUCAAUAUUGGAUUUGGCAACGCUUUCCAAGCAAAACGUCGUUCUGAUAAUGCUCCAAUCUCAGGUGCUGUUCGAUUGACAGCUUUAGGAUCACCUCUUCAACUUUUCACUGCAGACCAUAUUUCAGACAGCAUGAGAGUAUUUACUGCUAGUAUUGGGGCAGAUUGUUCACUUGGCUUGGAUAUCCCGAACACUGGAGACAAUAUUCUGGCUAUAUGCAGUGGUGUAUUCACUAUCCUGACACCAGCUAAACAAGUUCAAAGGGGAGAUGCAUGUACUCAAGUUCGAGCUUUUGCUGUUGCAGUCAAUGGACCUUCAUCAACAUUGUCAACAGCCAUUGCCUCACCUACAGGAUCAAGCACAGGAUUGAUCGGCACUGAAGUAUCCGAAACUGGAGCUUCUUCUACUCCAUUGAUCGCAACAACUAUACCAUCUGAAACUUCCGGUCUGGUGACAAGUACUUCAACCUUCUCGCCUAUCACAUCUUCAACUUCAAUUGCUGGAUGUCCUGUUGCACCAUUUUUCAGAAUCUUGGUAAAUCAGACGGGUAUGCCAGCACAAUAUCUAUGGGAUCCUGUCUCAUUCGGUGAUGAUGCUUUAUCAUUCACCACAGAUGCAGCACAGAGUUUGACCUUCUCAUUAUCACCUACCACUGGUCAACUUCAAUUCAAUAUUAUAGAUUUCUUUGGAAAUCCUGUAUUAUUGGCAUCUAAUCAAGAUACCCACAAUGCUGGAAAUGAAGCAAUUUUCUUCUCUACUGCUACCAAAUAUCAACAACUUGGUUACCAACCUGUUGUAGCAUCUAUCAAACCAGAUUGUUCCAUCGGGUUGACAUUACCAUAUAAUGCCGCUAACAUUAUACAAGCUUGUCAUGGAUCGAUCUACCUAAUGUUAUCACCUGGAGCAGGUUGUGUAACUGUUUCAUUGUUGAUGUUGCCUUUUGAUCCCUCAGCCACAACCACGGCUGUUACAUCGACAACGUCUUUUUUAGUCUAA